UUUGAUUGGUUAAAAAUCCACUCCAACAUGGCUGACUUAAGAAAAUGAGUGCGUGCUAAGAAUUCAUAGAAAAUUGAGAUAUUUCUUUAUUUAUUUGAAGAAAAUGCCUUUUGCAGGACGUUUUACUAAUACUAGAAGAGACGAACGCAGAUCACCAGUCAGGAGGUUUUCAAGAUCACCUGUAAGACGAUUCUCAAGGUCACCCAUUAGAAGAAAAUCAAGAUCACCCGUUCGUCGCAAAUCAAGAUCACCAGUUAGGCAUAAAUCACGUUCUCCAGUCAGAAGAAGUUCUCCAGCUCGAAGAAGUUCUCCAGCUCGAAGAAAUUCCCCUGUCAGACGGAGCUCCCCUCUCAGACGUAAUGCAACAGUUGGCAGGAAUACUGCACUAGGACGACAUUCUUCACCACGAAGAAAUUCUCGUUCCCCUGUUAGGAAGUAUGAUAGAAAAGAUAGGAAGUCGAGAUCUCCACCCAGAAAGAAAGUAGAAACUUUGAGUUAUACAAGUGAUAAAAAAAAUGAUUCAUCUAUUCCUAGGAAAAGGGAAGACAGAAAUGGAAGUAAAUCAUCUUCAACAAGAUUUGAGGAUUCUCACGUCAAACGUGCCCCAUCUUUUUCUCGUUCACCUGUCAGAAAAAUGUCUCCUGAGUAUUCAUCAAGUCGUGCGAUUUCGGACAGACUUGGCUCAUCACCUGUACAGUCAGGUCCAAAGAUAAUUCGUGACACGACUGGAAUCAGUCGAUUUGAACCAUUAAUAAUUAGGAAAAGAACUUUGGAUGAACGAUUUAGGACUAUAGAUGACGGUGCGUUUAAAAUAGAAGAAAACAUCACAAUAGGAAUUCAACGAAACCCAUACGCACCAGCAUCAGCAUCAGUGACUGUGCGAAAAGUUUUUGAUCCCCUUCUGUUCUCAAUGAUACAUAACAGGGAUACAGGAAGACGCCCUGUGUUUGAUCGACCCGAAUUAAAGUAUUUCCGAUUUGACGACAUGCCACAUGAUGAUACAGUGGAAUUUGAGAAGAGAAUUAUUAAGGUGGCACCACCAGCUACUCUUCCUUCAACACCCAGUAGUUCACGUUAUAGUCAUAUUCACAUCUCUAAAAGAUCUCCGUCGCCUAAACGACCUACAGAAGUUAAAUUAGAGAUGCGACCAGACCCAAAGUAUGAGAGAUUCUAUCAAGACUCAUUACAUGAACAAGAUCCAAGUUUUCGUGACAAGGUCAAACAAGCCAAGAUCAUUACGAACCCAAAUGAUUUACGCCAUAAUCUGUCAAAAAGGCAGGAAGAAGAUGCCAGGUUGAAAUUAGAAGCUAGACGACGCGAUACUGAACGUGACCCCGUUCGUGGCCGUGAUAGAAGUCGUGAGAGAAAUCGGAGUAGAAGUCGUAGCCGUGGUCGACGAAGAUCUAGAGAUAACAGACAAGUAGAGACAAGAGAUCGUAACAAUAGUGUUACUGAUAGUAAAGAUCUACCAGACUUCUCACGACGUCCAGAUAAGAAUAAGUACGAGCUGUGGCAGGACAUCGCAUCAUAUAUACCGAAAGGCAUCAGCUAUUAUCAGUCUUCAGGUAAAGCAAUAAUUAUCCGGUCCAUCAAGGGUUACGUUUCUAAUGUAUCAGAGAAUUCUGUUGGAUUUAAGAAGAAAAUAGAACAUUUUAGCUUUAAUUUCUACACAGAGAAUGAAUUCAUCAAAGGAAUCUGCUUUAAUCCGAACUUCUGGAACACCCUGAAAACUGUUGAUGGCUCUACAUGCCUUGGUGUCAUGCUCAAUAAAGUCAAACUACGACCUCCAAAAGAUUGGAAGAGUUGGAAUUUAGUCAUUGACAGAUUUACUCGUCUGGAAGCCAUGCUGAUGCCCUUUGACCUUAAGUUAGAAACCAGAAAUCUAGGAUCCACGGCAAACACUAAAGAUGCAGUGACUCAUGAUUAUGACACACAGGAAGAUAAUAAAAGUAAUGACAGUGAUGUACACCACAACAUUCAGAAGCACGAUACCAGGGCCGGUGAUAUAAAACUAGGUGCUGAACGAAGAACCAGGAAAGAUUUAGAAGUAGCUAGAGCUAACUUCCGAGCUCAGUUAGUGGGAGCUGAUCCCAGAGACUCCAAACCACCAGCAAAGGUCUCACCCCAGGACAAAAAUAUAAGAAAUAAUCAGGGUCGAGGCGGUGGAGGCGCAGUUCGAGGCCGUAAUAUAAUGGAUAACAAAUAUGGUCGAGGAGGGAUAAAUAGUGGUCCAUGGAAAUCAAACUUAUUCAAUAAAAAUGCGAACAAAAAUCGUAAUUUGGCUGAUCGUGGUAAAUGGAAACACGAUCUGUUUGAACAACAGGUUAAAACAGAAAAAGCAGAUUGAGUGGAUAAAGUAAUGGAACUUGAACAUUUUAAAUAGUAAACCAGAGGUUCUCAUUGGAUAAUUGUUUAAAUAUAAUUCAAAUGGCGUUUUUAUUUGGAUAUUGAAGAGACAUUUAAAAUAUAUGCAUGAUGGAUAAAAGUGGUUAAAUUUUAUGGAUGAAGGCAAAUAGUGGAGGUUUUAGUGUAGUGAAAUUGAUAAUCUAAAAACUUCUUCGGAAAAAAAUGUGGUAUAAGCUAGUGGAUAUACAAUGUAUAAGCUUAUCAAAUUAGAUUUUUGAGGAAUUUAUAAUCAAAUAUUCUGAUUUAGUAUGUUGUAUUUAAAACAUACAGAUGGUAAAUUCAUUACAAAUUGCACUGAGCUUUGUAUCAUAAGACAGAUAAUAUUUUAAUAAUGAUGUUUCUUUCAUAGGACUUGAUUACUUUGCAUGAAACUAGUUCAGUUUGGGUGAUGUGUAUUGUAUGCAUGUCAUUUUAAUUAAAACAGGUGUGACUUUCUUUCCAUUAAUGUCAAAAGACCUGUUUAAGAAAAGCAUUUCUAGUCCUGUGAUGACAAUAAAACCAAUCAAAUGUCUGGGUAAUCAAAGCCUUUCAAAAAUAUUGCUGGUAUUUUCUGUAUAUCAAAGAUUUGAUUGGUGGGUAGAUCUGGAGUCAGCCAAUCACAAGCUCAGCAUUUCUAAACACAUCUAGUAAAUAUCUUUUGACUAAACAUCUUUGGAGUAAACAGCCAAACAAAAUAAUGGAAUUAAAUGUUGGUAUGUUUUUAAUUUGACUGCAUGUAUGUUCAAUUGCAGUUUUAUCAUGGAAAGUUACAUUUUGAAAUUGAUCUUUUAAAAAAGAUUUAAGUGUUCAUUCAUUGUAUUGUUGUGUUAUUGAUGAAGUGUCUUUGAAAAUUAAUAUGAAAUUGUAUAGUAUAAUGUUGGAAGUUUGACGAAGUUAUGAAUGUGAAGUCUAUAAAUUAUUUUCUUAACCUUGAUGUUUCAAAUUUUUUUUUUAGCAAAUAAUUUUUCCAAAAUUUAAUUCCUAUCUUUUUGUAUUGGGAAGAGCAGGGGUGUCUAGCAGUCUAAGACGCAGGGUUUAUAUCAUAAGUCUGUUAUUGAUUCAAGUGGAGUAGUUUUAAUCCCAAGCUUGUAUGCGACAAGGACUAGGGUCACCUGCCCAAUCUUGUGAGUUUUUUUCUCUGGAUCCUCUUAGUUUCCUGCUGCUAAAGUGCAUACAAAUUAUUGAAAUAAGAUUGUACCUUUAAAUUGGAUUGUACAUGUAUAUUUUAAUAGCAAUUUAUUAAACUAUUUGAUUUUUCUGCCAUUCAAAUUGACUGACAGGUAAAUUUCUCAGCAAGACAUUUUUUACUCAUUGCCUAGUAAAAGAUGACUGAAAUGAGGCUAAGGAUGGGAUCCACUAUAUGCUUCAGUGUUUGUUUGAUACUUGGUUAUAGGUGGCAACAUAUUCCAAAGUACUAUAAAUUUGAGACAAAUAAAGUAAAGUGGUCAAAUCAAAAAACAAAAAAAAUCAUAUAAAGCAAAAAAGAAAGAUUCAUAAAAAUUUUAAAGGUUAAGUGGUUAAGUGAACCUCUUGGAUCCACCCAGAACAAUCUGAUUAAAACGCAGAUCCUAUUACUGUUGUGAAGUUUUAACCAAUGUAAUGAAAUGAUCUGUUUAGUAGGACUUUGCACAGAAUUCUAGCAGUCAUCUACUGAGCAGUUGAGAACAGAUCAAAAUUUAAAUAUACAUACAUGUAAUCUAUGGUCAGUUCACCUCUGUGUUUUCACCUAUAUAGCAGUGAGAAGAUGUAUAUAGAAUGGAGGCAGUUGAAGUGUAAAGAAACAACAUUUAGAUUUGUAUUUUAAUCAGAUUGGACCCAAAUCAAAGACUGGGGUACCAUUUUAAUCAUAUAUUUAUAACUCUUACUGUGAGUAUGUUUUAUGAGAAUUAGGAUUUGUUGAAUUGAAAAUAUUGCAUGUACAUGCAGUGUGUGCUUUAAUUUCGAUGCAAUCACUUUAUUAUGUAAAAUACAUGUAUAUAUGAUUAUCAUCUUAUCUUUGUUCGCCUGAAAUAAAUAUUAAACAUAUAAAA